GCGGACAAACAUACGUGCUUCAUACAUUUGCACAAGAAAGUUUAUAACGUAUACAAACCAAAGCCGCGGCACAUCUGUUAUUUUGGGUAGCAACCCACGAGUUUCAAGUGCCUAAACCCUGAUACGAUUUGCUAAUACAUACCUAUAUCCGCCUAUAUAAAUCGUCAUUACCAGAAACCGCUCGCUGGAGGGCCCCCGCGCGACAUCCACUUGUGCUUCGGGCUCUAAGCAGCGUGCGCUGCCGUCAUACGUGCAUCCGUAGAUGCCAUCUGUUGUCUUCGUAGAAUCUGAGGGCCGUCGGUGACACAGCAGCGCACCUGGAGGGAGCGAGCCCGCCUCCACCCGCGGCCGGGCCAGCACCGUACCGCGGCGUCACGGCCCCAACCGGCCGCUCCCUGAAGGCCCCAUGUUUCAGCAGGUAGCUCUUCACCGCUUCAAAUGUAUACCAUCUACAGCGUAGAGCACAUCGGAGCUUUACUCAAGCGGAGGCCAGCAGCCAGGGGGGGACGCUUGCCGGGCCCGACAAUCAGGCAACAGGCCACCUGAGGCCGCCCACCCCCCAUAUGGCGGAGGUGCUGCACCGUAGCCACCGGGCGGGCAUUCAGGGCCCUCUGCUGCACGCGCCCGCCGCGGUGCACCCGGUGGUGGCUGGCCGCGACACGGCGGCGGGGUGUGUGGGCGGCGCCUGGGUGCCGCCAAGCCCCAACCCGCACCUGGGCUUCGCACACGACCCGGGCGCGCGGCACAAGCAGGCCGGCGCAUUCGCGGGCGCUGCUGACGCAGCCAAGGCGGCGGCGGAGGCGGAGGCGGCGGGCGAGCACCCGGACGACGUGGGGAGGGCUGCGCGGCGGCGCACGCCCACGGGCCCUGCGGCGCCGUACCAGAAGGACGCGGCCCAGCGCGCCGCCGAGCGAGCCAUCCGGCCCUGGGACCCCGCGGCGGGACUGGGCGAGCGGCGGGGCGCGGCGGCGCUGGCGCUGGCGGGCGCCAAUGCCGGCGCGGCGGCCUUUGCGGACCCCGCCGCUCCCUCGCUGUACGCGGCGCCGGGGCAGGCGGAGGCAAACGCCUUCGCGGCGGCGGCGGGGCGUGUGGCGAGGCGGGGGCAGGACCAGGCGGGCAGCGUGGGCGCCUACUCGGUGCGUCAGGGCGCCCCCGCCCGCGAGCUGUGGCCGGUGGACCUGGCGGCGCCGCAGAAGUACUGCACCGCCUGCAGGGGCGACCACUCGGACCUCAAGGUCUCCGACCCCGCCUGGCAGCCCUACACGCCCGCACUGCGCCUGGCCAACCUGCAGCUGCUGGACACCAAGUUCCGGCGGGCGCUGUUCAAGGGGCUGCUGUGCUGCAGCCUCAGCGACAGCUACUGGGACCCGGUGCGGUGGCGCGAGCAGCCCGGGGUCAUGAGUGCCGACACCUUCGCGCAGCAGCUGCAGCUGGCGUGCGAAGGCAUCCGUGAUGGACACGAGCCGCACCGCUUCCUGGCCACACAGGCCGUCACGGCUCUGCUGGACUGCCCCGGCCGCGGCGGCCAGGUGGCGGCGGCGGCGCCGUCCCUGGUGGCGCCACUGAAGCUGUGCCUCAACACCAUGCAGCCGCAGCUGGUGGGGGGAGCGCUGCUGCUGCUGCGCAAGCUGCUGCGCGCGCACCCCGCCGCCGGCUCCUCCCUGGCGCCCUACCUGCGCCACCUGCUGCCGCCGCUGGCGGUGUUCAGGUCCCACACGCGCGUGUUGGAGCUGCCCGCGCCCGUGUGCGUGCCACCCACGGGCUCCUGGUCGGGCGGCAGCGCCGCCGCCACCACGCCCGCCCGCGCCCGCUGCUGCGCCGUCUGCGGUGCGCCCACAGACCGCGAGGCGGCGGCGGCGGCGGCGCGCGCGGCGGCGGCGGCGGACCUGGCGCUGAAUGCGGCGCGGCUGGGGGCGGCGGGCGCGGCGGACCCGGACUCGGUGCUGCCGCCCGGGACCACGUCCAAGCGGCUGCCGGGGCGCGUGUGCGGCAGGUACUCCCUGUCCGCCCUGAUCGACGAGGUGCUGGGCCUGCUGGUGGGCAGUGGCGGCGAGCUGGGUCGGCGGCAGGUGCGCAGCUACGUGCCCGCCUUCAACUACUUCACGCCGCAGGACGCGCCCGCGUGUGUGACUGUGGAGGAGCUGAGGGCGGCGGCGGAGGCGGCACGCGGAACCGCCACGCCCUCCCACAGCAGCAGCAGCAGCCCACGCCGGCGGCCCGCCACCGCUGGCGGUGCGGCUUCCACCCCCGCCACCGCUGCCGCUGCCGCUGCCGCUACGACCUCUUCGGGGGCCCGGCCGCGGUCAGCAGGCGCGCCCGCCCGGGCACGAGCCGCGAAAGGCGGCGGCAGCCGAAAGGCCGAGUGGGACUCGGGCCCGGCGGUUGACAAGCGGCUCUUGAGCUACUGGGACGGGAUCGAGUUCCGCGAGCACCCCGUGGGCAGCAGCUGGGGCGGAGCUGCGGGGGGCGUCAACAACACGGCGGCACAGCAGCAGCAGGCAACAACAAUGACAAUCAGCAGCAGCAGCAGUGGUGGUGGCUAUGGCGGUGCAGCAUCACCUCAGCAGGGCACUGCGGCGUCCGGGGGGGCUCGGGACGGGCUGGGGAGGCCGCACAUGUACACGCCCGUGCCGGUUUUUGACAGCCCCCACGACCCCCUGUACCGGGUCCUGCGGGGCGAGGCGGAGGGCUGGGCGGAGGCGGCGCGGCGUAGUGUGACGUUCGCGCACGCGGGGCCGGAGGUGGGGCGCAAGGGCGGUGCGGUGCGGGGCGGCGCAGGCGGGGAGGGCGGAGGCGGGGGAGGAGUCGGUGCGGGGAGCACUGGGCGGAAGAAGAAGGUGAAUGUGAAUGCUGAGGUGCCCUACAAGGCGACGCCCUCGGGCAUUCGGCUGGCGUGGUGAGCCGCGCUGACAGCGUUUGCCGGCCAGUAGUGCAAACGCCGGUAGCUGCGGCUAUUCCGAGGCACACGCCGGCACUUGCCUCGACUGUGUUUGUUGGUACGGACUCGCAACGCAACUGAUGUGAAUGCGGAUGUUACAGAGGGGACAGUCCCAGCACCCGAAGACGCCGAGCCAUCACAUGCUAUCAGGGCCCGACAGGGCCUUUUGGGACAAGGGGGGGGGGGCUGGUUCCCUCCAGCCGGCGCACAUGCGGGCACCGGCAGGGUUGCUCAAUGCGUGACCUUGCAACGUUUUUGUCCUGGAACUCAGUUUUCAAUGCGCGCAAUGCAAUACAGUACGUGUUGCAGCGUUGUGUAACCCUGGUCAGUGGUCACCGCCUCACCGGAGCUUACCGGUAU